CUCACUCCAUUCCCAAGGUAACCCGUCAUGAACCUCCCAGCGUCUUUCGCAGUGUUUGUCGCUCUCAUUCCGUACGCCCUCGCUCAAUCCCCGGAGUGGGGUCAGUGUGGCGGCACGGGCUGGACGGGCGCCACGACGUGUGUGUCGGGAACGGUGUGCACAGUCAUCAACCCCUACUACUCGCAAUGUCUUGCUGGCACUGCUACGUCGGCGCCCUCUGCUCCCAGCUCCACAGUCACGACUGGCGCGCCCGCCCCGAGCGUCAGCGGUCUCCACACGCUGGCGAAGGCUGCGGGCAAGCUCUACUUUGGCAGCGCAACGGACAACCCUGAGCUGACGGACACCGCCUACGUCGCCAAGCUCAGCGACAACGCCGAGUUCGGCCAGAUCACCCCCGGCAACAGCAUGAAAUGGGACGCUACGGAGCCGACGCGCGGGACGUUCACCUUCUCGGGCGGGGACGUGGUGGCGAGCCUGGCAGAGAAGAACGGGCAGCUGCUGCGCGGGCACAACUGCGUGUGGUACAACCAGCUCCCGAGCUGGGUUGCGAACGGACAGUUCACGGCGGCGGACCUGACGGACGUGAUCACGACGCACUGUGGCACCCUUGUCGGGCACUACAAGGGACAAAUGUACUCUUGGGAUGUGAUUAAUGAGCCCUUUAACGACGAUGGAACCUGGCGCUCGGAUGUAUUCUUCAACACCCUCGGCCAAUCUUACGUGUCUAUCGCGCUCAAGGCUGCGCGCGCCGCAGACCCGAACGCCAAGCUCUACAUUAACGACUACAACAUCGAGCAAACCGGUGCGAAAUCGACCGCGAUGCUGAACCUGGUGAAGCAGCUGCAAGCGGACGGCGUGCCGAUCGACGGCGUCGGCUUCCAGAGCCACUUCAUCGUCGGCGAGGUCCCCGGCUCGUUCCAGACCGUCCUCGAGCAGUUCACCGCGCUCGGACUCGAGGUCGCGAUCACGGAGCUCGACAUCCGCAUGACGCUCCCCGCAACGGACGCGCUCCUCGCGCAGCAGCAGAAGGACUACCAGAGUGUGGUGCAGGCGUGCAUGAACGUGAAGGGCUGUGUGGGCGUCACGAUCUGGGACUGGACGGACAAGUACUCCUGGGUGCCGUCGACGUUCUCUGGUCAGGGCGCGGCACUGCCUUGGGACCAGACCUUCAACAAAAAGCCCGCAUACAGCGGCAUUACGGCGGCACUGGCGUGAGGCCCGAGAUCGGGAGAUCCUAUGCCGUAUACAUAGCGUUAUACAUGAGCCAUCGAUUAUGAGCACCACAACCUGCUUGUUUUCCGC